UCAGUUGCAGAGGUGAAAAUGAAGAACAAGAGGUGAAAAUCGAGAGCUGAAUCAAUCAUGGCGGGAGACGAUGAACAGCCGGAAAUCGACUGUGGUUUCCAGUGGGAUGAUAAUUCUCAGCUUUAUUAUCACGCCAGCACGGGGUUUUACCAUGACCCGCAAGCAGGGUGGUAUUACAAUAGCAGAGAUGGGCUUUAUUACAAAUUUGAAGAUGGGAAUUAUGUGCUUCUUGACUCCAGUCAGUCAGGGGAUCAAGUGGGAAUGCAUAACGGUAAUAGCCAAGGUGAAACAUCUGAAGCUCAAAUGGAAGGAAAAGAAGUUUCAACCAACACUUCUCUAGACUCUUCAGCAUGUAAUGGCAACGAGGAAUCGGACUAUCCACCCCCGCCAUCGGAAUGGUUGGAAGACACGCUUAUAGAUAUGUUCUUAUCUGGCUAUCCCAGUCAAGGGGCUCAUGUUGCCGGUUCUGACUCUACAAUGCCUGUGGAUACUGAUGGUGCUGAUAUCCCAAUUGCACCAGCCGAAGGAUGUGAUGAUGUUGAGGAACUGGAAGAAGGCGAAUGGAUCCCUGAUGAUCCUGAUUUUUGGAGGAACUUUAGUGAUAAAAUUGUUGAUGAAGGUACGACUGAGGAAGAAGAAAACUGGCGUGCUCAAUAUGGCCAAGUAAAAGUAAGUGGACCAGAUGAAGAGUGGAUGUCAGGUGUGCAAAUGGUGGAUUUGUGGGAUUGGGCGUUGGUUCGAGGAACAAAGAAAGAUGGAAAGACAGAGGUAUUCAGGCUUGUUGGCAGAUUGAGGAAGCCCUCUAGCAAGCUUCACCCGUCAGUUCCUUCAGGUGGUGGCAUACUGAAAACUGCACCAGUAUGUGAAGCUCACCUUGAUAUGGUACGAGUGACAUCAGGCCGGAUAUACAGAUUGAGGAAUCCUAGCUUGCAGUAUUUGGCAUCCUCCCCAGUUCACGAUGCGUCCAACCUUACUAAAGAUUGGGGCUUUCCACAACUGUCCAUCAAAGAUCACAUUGAGAAGCUGCAAAAAUCUGAGCUGCAGCCUGAAUCCGGAAGGUUGGAAGGUGUUGGUGUUCUGAAAGAUAAAUCCCUGCCAUUGAUGAAGCUUUCCCAAUCUAAAAAAGAACAUAUCUAUCGGGACCGGGCUGCUGAGAGAAGAGCUCUGCACGGUGGGUUUGGUGUGGGUCCAGGACAGAAGAACUCACUUAAUAGUUCUGAUUCAGCUCCAUCAUCUCCUAUACCGGCCGAAGAGGCGGCAGCAGCAGCUGAGUCAUUAAGCAUGUCAUUUGGGGAAGGAAGUUAUGCAAGAAGAAUUCUAGAAGGCAUGGGCUGGAAAGAGGGGGAGGCACUUGGUCACAGCGCAAAGGGUCUGACUGAACCUCUUCAGGCAACUGGAAACAAAGGAACUGCUGGUUUAGGUUGGGAUGAUCCUAGAAGAAAGUAACUAUUGGACAUCUCUUGGUCGAGACGAAGAAAC